AUGGAAGUCGCCCGCGGCCAAGGACCAGGGUUCCUGCCCGCGGAUCCGCGCCGGGACAUGGCGGCGCUCCGCGUGGCGUGCGGCCGGCGGAUCGAGCACGGCCGCGACCGCCAAGCGGCGGCCGCCUCCGCCUUCCGCGACGCCCUCCUCUCGGCCCGCUCGCUCGCGGAGCAAAACGUCGCCCACCGAGAAAAGCUAAACAGGCUAAAGGACCAGCUCAGGGGAGUCGAAGCAGGUCUUGCAGAGGCGCUCUCGAUCCAGCAGAAGAAAGGAUCAGAAUGUAAGCUCACCAGGGAGUCGAUAUCAAAUGCCACCACAACAAAUGAGCAGCUCAGAAGCUUGGUCUCGAAUCAGAGAGCUAGAAGAGACGAGUAUGCAAAUGCUACCUCACACCAGCUUCAAGCAAUCGAAGCUCUUGAAGCUAAUUUUGAUGCGGCAGGGAAGAAGAACCUAGAUGAGGCUAUUAUGUGGUACAGUAAGUUUCUUGGGUUUAAAGUUGUUGCAGGAGAAGGUGUUAAAUUUGUCUUCAACAAAGUUGACAUGCAAAGUCCUGACAAUGAGUAUUUCUUCUGCAUAAAGGUCAACAAAGAUGAAUAUAGCUUAAUUCAAUGUGUUCCAUUACUGAAAGACUCUGAAGAACUGGUGAAGGAUUUGAACUGCACUAACGAUCUGUUCAAGUUUGUUAGAAUCAUGAGAUCAAGAUUCCAAGCGGCUGCAAGCAAAGGGGCUCAUCCUGCAAUUUCAUUGUGCAUAGACACAUCAUCCACGAUGAUUUCAUCGCCACCGGCUAUGUCAGUUGAUACCACAAGCGAAAGCACCACCAAUCAAAGCCAUUCUCGAAACCGGUCAAAGAAUCAAGAUGCUCAUGCAAAGAGAGGGGCUCGUUCCCAGUCAACAAGAUCUCCCCUUAGAACACCAUCUAGCACGCGCCGCUCCCCACGUUUCGUGGCUGCAGAAGCAGGAAAUAAGCCUUAGGCACAUCAAACACCACUUGAGCUUUGGCAAGCUUGCCCCUGAGGUUUGUUUACGAUCAGAUCGACCAUGCUCUAGCUAUGUGGCGCGCUAGAGCUCCAUGCUCCAUGUCCUGUG